ACCCCCAACGCUAACACCACCACCACCACCGUCCCCAUCGUUACGACCACCCCCAACGCUACCACCACCACCACCACCGUCCCCAUCGUUACAACCACCCCCAACGCUACCACCACCACCGUCCCCAUCGUUACGACCACCCCCAACGCUAACACCACCACCACCACCGUCCCCAUCGCUACGACCACCCCCAACGCUACCACCACCACCACCACCGUCCCCAUUGUUACGACCACCCCCAACGCUACCACCACCACCACCACCGUCCCCAUCGCUACGACCACCCCCAACGCUACCACCACCACCACCACCGUCACCAUCGUUACGACCACCCCCAACGCUACCACCACCACCACCGCCAUCCCCAUCGCUACGACCACCCCCAACGCUACCACCACCACCACCGUCCCCAUCGCUACGACCACCCCCAACACUACCACCACCACCACCGUCCCCAUUGUUACGACCACCCCCAACGCUACCACCACCACCACCACCGUCCCCAUCGUUACGACCACCCCCAACGCUACCACCACCACCACCACCGUCCCCAUCGUUACGACCACCCCCAACGCUACCACCACCACCACCACCGUCCCCAUUGCUACGACCACACCCAACACUACCAGCACCACAGUCCCCAUCGUUACGACCACCCCCAACGCUACCACCACCACCACCACCGUCCCCAUCGCUACCACCACCCCCAACGCUACCACCACCACCACCACCGUCCCCAUCGUUACGACCACCCCCAACGCUACCACCACCACCACGAGCUUCCCCAUCGCGACGACCACCCCCAACGCUACCACCACCACCACCACCGUCCCCAUCGUUACGACCACCCCCAACGCUACAACCACCACCACCGUCCCCAUCGUUACCACCACCCCCAACGCUACCACCACCACCGCCGUCCCCAUCGCUACGACCACCCCCAACGCUACCACCACCACCACCGUCCCCAUCGUUACGACCACCCCCAACGCUAACACCACCACCACGAGCGUCCCCAUCGCUACGACCACCCCCAACGCUACCACCACCACCACCACCGUCCCCAUUGUUACGACCACCCCCAACGCUACCACCACCACCACCGUCCCCAUCGUUACGACCACCCCCAACGCUAACACCACCACCACGAGCGUCCCCAUCGCUACGACCACCCCCAACGCUACCACCACCACCACGAGCGUCCCCAUCGCUACGACCACCCCCAACGCUACCACCACCACCACGAGCGUCCCCAUCGCUACGACCACCCCCAACGCUACCACCACCACCACCACCAUCCCCAUCGCUACGACCACCCCCAACACUACCACCACCACCACCGUCCCCAUCGCUACGACCACCCCCAACGCUACCACCACCACCACCGUCCCCAUCGUUACCACCACCCCCAACGCUACCACCACCACCACCACCGUCCCCAUCGCUACGACCACCCCCAACGCUACCACCACCACCACCACCGUCCCCAUCGUUACCACCACCCCCAACGCUACCACCACCACCACCACCGUCCCCAUCGUUACAACCACCCCCAACGCUACCACCAACACAACCACCGUCCCCAUCGUUACGACCACCCCCAACGCUACCACCACCACCACCGUCCCCACCGUUACGACCACCCCCAACGCUACUACCACCACCACCGGCCCCAUCGCUACGACCACCCCCAACGCUACCACCACCUCCACCGUCCCCAUCGUUACGACCACCCCCAACGCUAACACCACCACCACCACCGUCCCCAUCGUUACGACCACCCCCAACGCUACCACCACCACCACCACCGUCCCCAUCGUUACAACCACCCCCAACGCUACCACUACCACCACCACCACCGUCCCCAUCGUUACGACCACCCCCAACGCUACCACCACCACCACCACCGUCCCCAUCGUUACGACCACGCCCAACGCUACCACCACCACCACCACCGUCCCCAUCGCUACGACCACCCCCAACGCUACCACCACCACUACCCCCAACGCUACCACCACCACCACCACCGUCCCCAUCGUUACGACCACCCCCAACGCUACCACCACCACCACCGUCCCCAUCGUUACCACCACCCCCAACGCUACCACCACCACCACCACCGUCCCCAUCGCUACGACCACCCCCAACGCUACCACCACCACCACCACCGUCCCCAUCGCUACGACCACCCCCAACGCUACCACCACCACCACCGUCCCCAUCGCUACGACCACCCCCAACGCUACCACCACCACCACCACCGUCCCCAUUGUUACGACCACCCCCAACGCUACCACCACCACCACCGUCCCCAUCGUUACGACCACCCCCAACGCUACCACCACCACCACCACCGUCCCCAUCGCUACGACCACCCCCAACACUACCACCACCACCACCGUCCCCAUCGCUACGACCACCCCCAACGCUACCACCACCACCACCGUCCCCAUCGUUACGACCACCCCCAACGCUACCACCACCACCACCACCGUCCCCAUCGUUACGACCACCCCCAACGCUACCACCACCACCACCACCGUCACCAUCGUUACGACCACCCCCAACGCUACUACCACCACCACCACCGUCCCCAUCGCUACGACCACCCCCAACGCUACCACCACCACCACCACCGUCCCCAUCGCUACGACCACCCCCAACGCUACCACCACCACCACCACCGUCCCCAUCGUUACGACCACCCCCAACGCUACCACCACCACCACCACCAUCCCCAUCGCUACGACGACCUCCAACGCUACGAAGACCACCACCACCGCCGCCGUCCCUGCAGCUACCACCACCCCCAACGCUACCACCACCACCACCACCAGCCCCACCACCAGUGAGGGUCAGUGCCAGAACGGCGGCACCUGGGACGGCAUCAAGUGCGUGUGCGCUGGCGGGUACUACGGCGCCCUGUGCGAGAUCGCCGUCUGCCAGAACGGCGGCACCUGGGCCGGCGGCGGCUGCCAGUGCGCCGAGAGCUUCCAGGGCAGCGAGUGCCAGUUCGCCAAGGAGAACGUCGAGGUCAAGGACGUGAUGGUGAAUGCAACGGUCGAGAUGAAGACGAAGGUCGACAACAGGGUUUUCACAAAGGAUCUCAAAAAUAAGUCCUCUGCAGCUUUCCAGAACUUUGAGAAGGACUUCAAGGAGCAGAUGAGGGAGGUUUACAAGCACAUAGAGGGCUACCAGGAUGUGGUGAUCCAUGAACUGAACGAGGGCAGCAUCGUGGUGAACUACACGGUCCUCCUGAAGGUGCUCGCCAGCACCACGGCCAACGAGACGGUGCAGAGCAUCUCCAAGAGCCUCGUCACCGCCAUCAACAGCUACACCAACUGCAACGAAACCUGUCAAGAAGGCAACUGUACCUUCUGCUUCAACUCUACCUACACCAGCGUCGACAACUUCAGGGUGGAAGAGGUUGAAACAAGUGUGUGCGACAGCCGCAUCCCGGAGGAUUUCAAGACCUACUUCUCCCCGCUCGUCACCCCCACCGGCGUCCUCUGCAUCACCAGAUGCGACAAACGCUCUGCCGACCCUUACCCCUGCGUCCACGGCACGUGCGUCGUGGCACGCUCGGGACCACAGUGCGAGUGCUCGGAGCCGUCGGCGUUCUGGUACCAAGACAGCGCCUGCAGCUCCCGCAUCAGCAAGGUGGGGGUGGCCGUGGGGGUACCGGUGGCUGGGUUGGUCGUGGCCGUCGCCGCCUUCACCGCCUUCCUGCUGCGGGCGAAGAGGCAGAAGGACGAGUACAGGGUUAAGCUGACCUCCCACUCGGAGCUGUAUUGCAGCACGGAGGAGAGCUGGACCAGCCCGAAGGGCUUCACCGCCAGCAACCCGGCCGCGACCUGGGAAGACUUGGAGGCCCUCCACACCACCUCCAUCAACCUAGAGAACAUGGACACCUCGCAGAAGAUCCACAUCCAGCGACCAUCCGUCAUCGUCCCCUGA